AUGGUCGAGGCUUUCAGCAGCGCCAUCGUGAGCAGGACGGCGCUGAGCGAGACGUUCGAGCACAGGGGCUCCAUCUUAAAGAAGGGCCUGGAGCUGGCGUCGGGGUUUAACCUGUCAGACCAUUUCCCGUCGUUGAGCUUCCUCGACGUCCUGUUGAGGAGCCGGCUUCGACGGGUGCACCGUCAGGUAGACAAACUAUUCGAAGACAUCAUUGAGGAGCGCAAGCGGCUUCGGCAGAAGAAGAUGAAGGACACAGCAGAGGACAUGCUAGAUGUGCUUCUCGAUGCCAUGGAGCAUCCAGCAGCCACGGACGUGCCCAUCACACACGACAACAUCAAGGCUGUCAUAAUGGUAUCUGACUGGGAUGAAAUGGACACGCUGCAGGAUAUGUUUGCCGCGGGGACAGAGACAUCGUCGUCAACGAUAGAGUGGGCGCUCGCAGAAUUGAUGAAGAACCCCAAGGAGAUGGACAAAUUGCAGGACGAGGUGAGGACAAAAAUGGAAGGAGAGGCAAGUUGGUGUGACAUCGGGCAUCUCAGCUACCUCCGGCUUGUCGUCAAGGAGACGAUGCGGCUGCACAUGCCGGCGCCUCUUCUAGUCCCCAGGGUCUGCAAGGAGCAGUGCCGUGUCGGUGGCUACACGAUCCCGGCCGGUAGCAGGGUGGUCAUCAACGCGUGGGCCAUGGGCAGGGACCCGAGGUACUGGGAGGAUGCUGACGCGUUCCGCCCCGGGAGAUUCCUUGGCACAAGCGUCGACUUCAAGGGGGGCGACUUUGAGUUCCUGCCGUUCGGUGCCGGCCGGAGAAUGUGCCCAGGGAUAGAGUUUGGGCUCGCCGGCGUCGAGCUUUGCUUGGCUCAGCUCCUGUUCUAUUUUGACUGGACGCUUCCUGGCGGCAUGGCGCCGAAAGACCUCGACAUGAGCGAGACAUCAAUCGGUGCUUUAUCGGUAGUCCGGAAGGAGCCACUUCGGUUGAUCCCCAGCAUACACGCUCCACUUCACCUCAAGUAUUGA